AUGAAUGAACAAGUGUUAAUACAACGAAUCAUAAACAGUUCGAAGGACUAUUAUGACGUUUUACAGGUUGACAGAGAUGCAAGCCCGUCAACCAUUCGACGGAGCUACUACAAACUUAGUCUCAGGCUUCACCCUGACAAAACCCUUGACAAUAAUGAACAGUCUAAACAGGCCUUUCAAAUUGUUUCUAGAAGUUAUGAGGUUCUGAGAGAUCCCACCACACGUGCGAUUUACAACCGGCUCGGCGCAAACGGCCUGGAAAGCUUCCAGAGUGUUUACGAUGAUAUGCCGAGUGCUUUCGAAUUUAUCUUGAUGUUUGUGAGAAUAUUUCUGCUUAAACUUAUUCAACAUGCCGCGUGUCGCAUGGGCGCUAGCUCUCUCAUAAAACAUAUUAAGUUUUCCUUUUUCAACCCCUCGAGCGGUGAAAAAGAGUUUUAUAUCCAAUGCAGCGAAGAGUGGGUUCAUUUUCGUCGACGCGUGGUGAAUUGUUUUGUGGGAGUCAUAGCCUUUUUCUUGAUUCUGCUCAGCUUCGAUCCGAUUUAUGUGUUUUUCUACGGUGCGGGUUUGUCGAAUCAUCCUAUUGGCGCAGAGGAAACAAAGGAUGUUUUAUUCUUUGUUUCCCCCUUCAAAGGUUCAAGAAAAGUCUAUAAUCGGGAGGAACCUUUGUCAAUUUAUCCUACUUGUUUUCUCGAGGCAGACUCUCGAUCGUUUAUUGUUUGUCAUGAGCGUCUUUCAUUAUUGGAGCGGUUGGCUAGUGAUACCAAACAACCGCUGGAGAAGUGGUUUGUGGAGAGGUACACAGAAUCUGAAGAGGCUGUGAGGGUUUCAUUUUACACCUUUUUAACGGCAGAAUGUGAGCGGGAGGAGCUUUUAAUUUGGGCUUCGCGCGAGCGCUUUGAACAAACCGCCACACUACGUCGUAAACUACAACCGUUAAACAUGAAUAACCCAAACCGACUUCCAAAGCGUAAGUAUCCAGAAAAAAAAUGGUAUUCUAGGUUUCACGAAAGUUUCUCCGUGGCGAAAGCGGAGGAGUUAUACCACCCUUUACCAUUUUGCGAGCAGUUGUGGAGACAAAGACCUUUAGUUGGUGUGGCUUAA